UCGCUUGCUCGCUUUUACCUUAGUGCAUAUCCUCUUCACUGUUGUACCGGAAUACGAGCAACAAACACAAGAUCUCACCAUGGAUCUUGUGCUGAAUGUUGCGGAUCAUUACGUCCUCACCCCCUAUGUGUUCCCGGCCUCCUGGCCUGAGGAGGGCGCUCUGAGGCAGAUCCUCAGCCUGCUGGUGCUCACCAACCUGGGAGCCGCCGUCCUCUACCUGGGCCUCGGGGCCAUCAGCUACUUCUUCAUCUUCGACCACAAUCUCAUGAAACACCCACAAUUCCUCGAGAAUCAGGUUCGGAGAGAGAUCAAAUACGCGAUGACCUCACUUCCUGUGAUCAGCCUUCCCACUGUGGCUCUGUUUUUCUAUGAAGUCCGAGGGUACAGCAAACUGUACGACAACGUCCACGACUCUCCGCUGGGGCAGCGUCAGAUGGUCCGUGAGUUUCGUAACCCGCUGAUAUUCACAGAUUCAUUCAUCUACUACAUACUGAAACAACUUCACUGAACCUUGACUCUUCUGAAUCUCUUCUCUCAGCUGUUCCACAAGCCUCACCACGUCUGGAAGAUCCCGUCUCCGUUCGCCAGCCACGCUUUCCACCCGGUGGACGGCUUCAUGCAGGGCCUCCCGUACCACAUCUACCCGUUUAUGUUCCCGCUUCACAAAGUGCUCUACCUCGGCCUCUACGUCUUCGUCAACAUCUGGACAAUCUCCAUCCACGACGGGGACUACCGGAUCCCCCUCGCUCUCACCCCCGCCAUCAACGGAUCGGCGCACCACACCGACCACCACCUGUUCUUCGACUACAACUACGGGCAGUACUUCACGCUGUGGGACCGUCUGGGGGGUUCGUACCGGCACCCGUCCGCCCUGCUGGGGAAGGGGCCGCACGAUCUGAUCCGGAAACUGCAGGCCGAGGGGAAGUUAGGAGAGGACAGAGGGAAGGGGAGAGGGAGUAAAGAGGAAUGAUUUUAAAGAGAAGUGGUGAUUAAAAGUGUUUAUUUUUGUAAAGACAAUGGGCUGAACUUAGAUACUCCUCAACCAUCUACCAUAUGAUGAUACGACUCUACAGUUCACUACAGUACGGUACAGUAUAAUACCGUUUAGUACGGUACGGUAUAAUACAGUACAUUACGGUACAGUAUAAUACCGUUUAGUACGGUACGGUAUAAUACAGUACAUUACGGUACAGUUUAAUACCGUUUAGUACGGUACGGUAUAAUACAGUACAUUACUGUACAGUAUAAUACCGUUUAGUACGGUACGGUAUAAUACAGUACAUUACGGUACAGUACGGUACGGUACGAUACUUGACCGUACAGUAAUGAUGCUUUAUUGUCGGACCAAGUCUGAAAUAUUUCUUGCAUCACAGCAUCUCCAUUUGCAGCAUCAACAAGGACAAAUAAUAAGACGAAUAUGUUCAAGACCCUUUAACGCACAUUUGAUCUGGGAUUUAAUUUCACGAUUUACCGGAACACAGAUGAGUGCUUCAGUCUUAAAAGAACCCAGGACAUUAACAUUUUAAACAUAAUUUAAUGGACAUUUUGUGCGAGUCAAACAUGUUUUUCCAGAGCCGCUAAAUGCUCAGAGCUUUUAAUUGACCGAGGUUUGAACACAUCUGUAAAACUGGUCCAAACUGGUGCAGAUACUUUAGAAAAUGUCGGAGCCUAAUGCCAGCAUUUUGUAUACUAAGACAAGGAAACAGACAUUUAACAUAAUCACUGAACACAAUGUGUUCAAGACACUUUAACGGACAUUUCAUCUGGGAUUUAACUCUGUAUUUAAUUGUAGGAGUUACUUCAGUCUAGACAUUGUUAACAUAGGGUUUCUCAAUGGGUUGACGUCGAUCUUUGGGCAGAUUUUCAUUUUGUCGAGUGGUUUUAAACACGCCUGUUUGCUCUCCUGGCUCCAAAAUGGCGGAACAACUCCCCGUUGAUAUGAAGGUCAGCAGAAUGUCUACUUUUCUUCCAACUUAGACUGAAAAUCCACCUGUUUCAAAUGCUCAAACAAGUGUUUCGUUCUUGUGAUUUGGAUAGAAGCGUCAGCUAAAUGUAAUGUAAUCUAAACGCAUUUAUACCUGCCAAAUAUGCUGUUGUGAGAUUUCAAAUACUAGUCAACAGGUCUAAGUGUCCUUGGGUAAAAUACUUAACCCCAAAUUGCUUCAUGUCCACAGUACUGCAGAUAGAUAGAUAGAUGGAUAGAUAGAUGGAUGGAUAGAUGGAUGGAUGGAUAGAUACUUUAUUGAUCAGAAUUUGGGAAAUUCUUAUCAACAAUUAAAAAUAAAAUGAAAAAUAUGAUAUCCAAUAUAAAUAAAACAAUAUAAAAUAGUGUGGAUAAUUAAAAUAAGAAGUCAAAGUAUGCACCGUAAGUCCCUUUGGAUGUAUUAGCAUGUAGCAUGUUAGCAUGAUUUAAUUAAAAGCAGGCUUUGGGAUCAAUAUAUUCUUUGAUGCACCAAACAAAGCUAACAAGCAGACGGACAUCAGCUGUAAUAAAUUAGAGUUUUGAGCAAGAGACGUCAGUGAAUGGGAGUUUCAUAAUUUAACAAUUAGUUUUGGGUUUUUAAUUCAUAUUGAAUCUUAGAAUGUAGCAAAUGAAUACCUUUCUUUAAGGCAUUUUUCAAAUUGUAGAAGAUUAAAUCCUCAGAUUCCUGUUCAUUUCAUGUCUUCUCUCUCUCUGUCUGUUGAGGUGAUAACAUCCUCAUUACUGUGAGAAUAAAACACCUUUCCUCCUG